AUGCAUGUGUGCGCCGAGUCUCGAGCCGAAACGUUCAAGAGUUUCCGGUUCGCCUUUGGUUUCGUGCGCACCCCAGGACAUAUCAUCUUUAAUCCGAAGAGCGACAUUCUCUACUUCGGACCUCGAGAGGGAUACAUGGCUGCUGAUGCUCAAUUUCAUACUUGCAUGUCAAUGUGUGACCCGGCGCAGUUGGCUCUCGUGCGCCGAAUUGCCAUUAGCGAUGCUCUGUUCUGGGUUGACGAGAUGUACAGCUCCAUGGCGGCCGCGAGCCUUACAACCAACGUCAUCAAACAACUGGCAUCACGAAUGCCCGCAUUGGAACAAAUCAUAUUCGUGCCCCGUGAACAAGACGAGGCGAUUCAACCAGCUUUCACAGAGGAGCGAAUGGCGCGCCAGAUUCAAAUGGCCAUGCAUACUGUCUGCCAACAAGACUCGCACUGGCGUCCACCGCCGUGGACAAUUGUGUCUUUGCAGACACUAAAGACAGCCUGCGGAUGA